AUUAAUGGCACGUACUGUGGCUUCCACUAUAAAUACUACUCCUUGUUAGCUUUCAAAUUGCAAGCAGCACAAACAUUUCUAGUUUGAUUUUCUGUGAUUGUUCAGUGAUGGGAAAAUUACGUAAGAGUAUUGGAACAUUUACUGUGUUCUUUUUACUAGUGAUAGUAAUAGCAGAAUGCCAAAAAAUAAAAAAACAUGAAUUAAUCGAUGGCUUUGAAGGAGAUGGUUUUGGCGGUGGUGGAGGUGGAUUUGGUGGUGGUGCUGGAGGAGGUGCAGGUGGUGGGUUUGGAGGUGGACACGGGAGUGGUGUAGGAGGAGGAGCUGGCGGAGGUGGUGGAGCUGGGGGAGGCUAUGGAGGUGGUGUUGGUGGAGGUUAUGGAGGCGAUAAGGGUGGAGGUGCUGGAGGUGGCAUAGAAGGUGGACAUGGUGGUAUUGGAGGAGAAGGUGGUGGUGUUGGAGGAGGAGCUGGAGGAGGUGGUGCUGGUGGGAUAGGAGGAGGACAUGCUGGUGGCAUUGGAGGAGGAGGGGGUGGAGGUGGUGGAGCCGGAAGUGGUGCUGCAGGCAACGUAGGAGGUGGACAUGGUGGUGGCAUUGGAGGGGGAGCUGGAGGUGCUGGUGGAGGUGGUCAAGCCGGAGGUGGACAUGGUGGUGGCAUUGGAGGGGGAGCUGGAGGUGCUGGUGGAGGUGGUCAAGCCGGAGGUGGACAUGGUGGUGGCAUUGGAGGGGGAGCUGGAGGUGCUGGUGGAGGUGGUCAAGCCGGAGGUGGACAUGGUGGUGGCAUUGGAGGGGGAGCUGGAGGUGCUGGUGGAGGUGGUCAAGCCGGAGGUGGACAUGGUGGUGGCAUUGGAGGGGGAGCUGGAGGUGCUGGUGGAGGUGGUCAAGCCGGAGGUGGACAUGGUGGUGGCAUUGGAGGGGGAGCUGGAGGUGCUGGUGGAGGUGGUCAAGCCGGAGGUGGACAUGGUGGUGGCAUUGGAGGUGGACAUGGUAGUGGAAUUGGAGGAGGAGCUGGUGGUGGUAGUGGGGCUGGAGGCAACAUAGGAGGUGGACAUGGUGGUGGUGUUGGAGGAGGAGGAGUUGGUGUUGGUGGCGGUUAUGGAGGUGGUAAAGGAGGAGGAGCUGGUGGAUGUGGUGGAAUUAAUAAUGGUGGCAUGGGAGGUGGACAUGGUGGUGGUGUUGGUGGGGGCUCAGGAGGUGGUGCUGAAGGUGACACUGGGGGAGGAGCUGGUGGAGGAGGUGGACAUAAUGGUGGUGUUGGUGGAGGCUCAGGAGGAGGUGGUGCUGGUGGUGGCAUUGGAGGUGGAAAAGGUGGAGUUGGAGGAGGUGGUGUUGGUAGUGGCACUGGAGGAGGAGUUGGUGGUGGCUAUGGAGGUGGAAAAGGUGGAGUUGGUGGUGGCUUUGGAGUAGUAGCUGGUGGUCAUGCAAGUGGGAGUGCUGGUGGCGAUGGCUAUUAAUAUAAAUAAAUAUUCCUAAAAACAUGAUCUUACGCUAUCUUGCAUGGAUGUAGCAUGCAAUAAUAUACAUUAAUUAAAUAAAUUAUUGAAUUUUAUCAUGUUCAUCCAUAUAUGGAUGCAAAUAUAAGAUAAUAUAAAUUAAUGAAUAAAUGUGAAUUCUUGAUAUAAUCUUAA